AAGGGGCCUAUGUGAUGUGUAAAUAAAGGAGUGGGUAAUAAGUAUCACACGAACAAACAAACCCCCUCAAAGAAAAAAGAGGGAUUUUUUUGAGAUAGAAGAAGAAGAAGAAGAAGAAGAAGAAGAAAGAGAAAUGUAAUAGGGCCUGACCCUGAAGGGCAUGGAAGUGUUGGCCAUGCUGAGGCAACUCAUUGGACAAGUUAAACAACUGUUAGAACUUCAAGCUUCUUCAUCAUCUUCAUCAUCGCUUGUUGCUGUUGCUCCUAACAUCUCUUUUCAUCUUCAAACGCCACCACUUAUACACCUACCAAGAUGCUAUUUUCUGAAUCUUGAUGACAAUUCUGCUGAAGACAGUUGCUACAAUAUCAUCAUGACUGCCGGAAAAUCUGAAAAUCUCAAGAUGUUGGAACCAGGAAAGCCUCCACCAAAAAAGAAAGCCCGGAAGGAGAGAAAUCAGGGAAAAGUGACUGGAGCUUCAUGCUCCAUCGAGAAUUUGGAUCAGCAAAUUUGGAAAGAAUUUCCUGAAGACCUAUUUGAAGCUGUUGUUGCAAGACUACCAGUUGCCACUUUUUUCCGCUUCAGAUUAGUUUGCCGCAAAUGGAACUCAAUGCUGACGUCCCAAAGUUUUUCUGAACAGUGUGCCCAAGUUCCUCAACCACAACCAUGGUUCUACACCAUUACUCAUGAAAACGUGAAUACUGGAGCCAUGUAUGACCCAACAUUGAAGAAAUGGCAUCAUCCUACUAUACCUGCACUGCCAACCAAGUUGAUAGUCUUGCCAGUUGCUUCUGCAGGAGGUCUUGUCUGUUUCCUUGAUAUUGGACAUAGGAGCUUCUAUGUAUGCAACCCACUUACUAGGUCCUUCAAAGAGUUACCAGCCAGAUCAGUUAAGGUGUGGUCCCGUGUGGCAGUAGGUAUGACAUUGUGUGGUAAAUCAGCUGGCGGGGGAUACAAUAUCCUUUGGGUUGGUUGUGAUGGAGAGUUUGAAGUUUAUGACUCCCGAAAUAACUCUUGGGCUCGUCCAGGAAUCAUGAGCUCGAAUAUUAAGCUCCCUCUGGCACUCAACUUCAAGUCACAGACAGUGUCCAUCGGUAGUAAACUUUACUUCAUGCGCUCGGACCCUGAUGGGAUCGUGUCCUAUGACAUGGUUACUGGGGUUUGGAAACAGUUCAUUAUCCCUGCCCCCCUACAUUUGAGUGAUCAUACACUAGCAGAAUGUGGGGGGCGCAUAAUGCUUGUGGGUCUGCUGACAAAGAAUGCAGCCACUUGUGUGUGCAUAUGGGAACUGCAAAAGAUGACUCUUUUGUGGAAGGAGGUUGACAGAAUGCCAAACAUAUGGUGCUUGGAGUUUUAUGGAAAGCACGUUCGAAUGACUUGCUUGGGUAACAAAGGUUUGCUCAUGCUAUCGCUAAGAUCAAGACAAAUGAAUCGUCUAGUUACAUAUGAUUUCUCAAGCAGGGAAUGGAUGAAGGUCCCUGGUUGUGUUUUGCCACGUGGGAGAAAGAGGCAAUGGAUUGCUUGUGGGACUGCUUUUCAUCCUUGUCUAACAGCUGUGGCUUGAUUUGGAUUGCCCAGUAAAGUUGUAGUCCCAGCAGGGCACUAUACUAGCUUUUCCAAUCAUCAUUUGCAGCCCAGUCUUCUGUGCUGAUAUAAGAAGAAAAGAAUGUGUGAAUUUAUUACCACUCUCUUGUAUAAACAUCUACUUUU